ACUUGAUCUGCCCCCUCUCUAUUGAAAAGCAUCUCCCUGCCUUUCUCUCUCUCUCUCUCACACACACUCACUCUUUCGCUCUGGCUCGAGCACAAGCAGACAGAGGGAGAGGGGGGAUGAACGAGGUGCACACAUGUGAGGAUCUCCUGAACUGCCGGGGCAAGGCAGGACUGGUGAAGAGAGAAGAAGAGGAGGAGGAUGAAUAGAGGAAUACUGCAGUGACCAGCCAGCUUGUCUCUCUCUCUCUCUCUUUCUUUCUCGCUGCUUCACUGCUUUCAUCAAGUCUUCUUCAUCCCCUUCUCUCCCCCUCUGCCAAUUAUACCAUGAACCUGCCUGCUGCUUGUUGCUAAGGGGGAGCCAACCGGGGGAGCAGAGUGGACCAGGCAUUCUUUAGUUUCUAAGGACUGAGUGAAAAUGGCAGAGGGGUCCAGAGACCAGGCAGGCGUGGGAACCACUGAUCCUGAGGAGGACUCCCCCAACAUGAUUGUCUACAGAAAAAUUGAAGACAUAGUUACGCGAAUCCAAGAUGAGAAGGCAGGCGGUGUGGCCAUCCGGACUGUCAAAAGCUUCCUCUCCAAGAUCCCCAGUGUAGUAUCAGGGGCGGAAAUUGUUCAGUGGCUGAUGAAAAACCUCUCCAUUGAGGAUCCAGCUGAAGCCAUCCACCUUGGGAGUCUGAUCGCUGCCCAUGGCUACAUCUUCCCCAUCUCUGACCACGUCCUGACACUUAAAGAUGAUGGAACCCUUUAUCGCUUUCAGUCUCCAUACUUCUGGCCUUCAAACUGUUGGGAGCCUGAGAACACAGACUAUGCCAUUUACCUGUGCAAGCGCACCAUGCAGAAUAAGGCCAGGCUCGAGCUAGCUGACUAUGAAGCUGAGAACCUCGCCCGGCUGCAGAGGGCUUUCGCCAGGAAGUGGGAGUUUAUCUUCAUGCAAGCUGAGGCUCAAGUCAAGAUCGACAGGAAGAAAGACAAGGCAGAGAGGAAGAUCCUGGACAGCCAGGAGAGGGCAUUCUGGGACGUCCAUCGUCCAGUGCCAGGCUGUGUCAACACCACAGAGAUGGACAUCCGCAAGUGCCGAAGAGAGAAGAACCCACACAGGGUAAAAAAGUCGGUCUAUGGGGUACCAGAUGACGGCCAGAGCCAGCCGAGUCCCAUCCACAUCAGCUCCCAGCCGACCAGGAAGCCCACAAAAGAGGACGUGCAGAAGGAGAUUACCUUCUUGAAUGUCCAGCUGGACAGACACUGCAUGAAGGUUUCCAAAGUGGCCGACAGUCUGAUGAGCUACGCGGAGCAGUUCAUGGAAUAUGACCCCUUUGUGUCUGCCACAGAGCCCUCCAACCCUUGGCUCAGCGACGACUCUUCCUUCUGGGACUUGGAGGCAAGUCGUGACCCCAGCCAGCAGCGUGUGAAGAAAUGGGGCUUCUCUCUGGAGGAGGCACUGAAAGAUCCUGCAGGACGAGACCAGUUCCUGAAGUUUCUGGAGUCAGAGUUCAGCUCAGAGAACCUGCGGUUCUGGUUAGCAGUGCAAGACCUGAAGCGGCGGCCGCUUCAGGAAGUGCCCUCCAGGGCGCAGGAGAUCUGGCAGGAGUUUCUGGCUGAGGGAGCACCAAGCUCCAUCAACCUGGACUCUCACAGCUACGAGCGCACCAGCCAGAAUCUCAAAGACCCCGGACGAUACAGCUACGAGGAUGCUCAGGAGCACAUAUUCAAGCUAAUGAAAAGUGACAGCUAUGCACGCUUUUUGCGAUCCAACAUCUACCAAGACCUCCUGUUAGCCAGAAAGAAGCAGCCAGCAGACACUGAACAGGGCCGCCGCACCUCCUUGGAGAAGUUCACCCGCAGUGUGGGCAAGUCAUUGACGGGAAAGCGGCUGACAGGCCUGAUGCAGUCAUCCUGACACAGCCUGUCCUGGAGGGGCACUGCCGGACCCUGUUGGAGGGGUGACCGCCACACGGGGGCCGGGGCAGGGGGACAGACAGUGGAGUUGGGUUGGACAGGGCUGCUGUGGAGGCUCUCAGACACUGCUCCGAGGACUGCUGCCAUACUGGUAGUGCAGCACUGGGCCUGCUGGUGUGAACGACCCAAACAGAACUACUGAGGAAAAGACAAUUCUGACAAGGGGAACCUCAACCAACACAACACAUGGCAUGCAGCAUACAGUACAAGCACAUUCAGAGUAGGGCUGCCCUCUUUUCAACACUUUGUUUUUAUAGAUGUGUCCAUUUUGUUUUAUAGACGUGUCCAUUGGAUAGUUAAACAUAUAUCAGUUAUUAUAACAAAAUUAUUUGAGAAAAAAUAUAUUUUCUGCAAUAUUUGCAAUGAACUGAUUGGUUUAGCAUUGGUUAACAGCUGGGGCCAGUCAAAUUUGCUGAAAAAGGUCAAAGAGGCACAUCAACACAGACACAAAUCUACAAUCUUUUUUGCAUAUGUCUCUGUACUCACAAGGCAGUUAGCAAUAAAUAAAGUGUGAGACCACUUUUUUUUGAAAUAUAUCCAACCUCUUUUUAUAUCCAUUUCUAUUAUAUCUGUUCCUUAUAAAGCACAUGACAUGUCAGUUAAAUAGUUUUGGCACUAGUCAAAAAUACAAAGUUGCCCCCCCCCACCCUACCCCACAUAGGUGACCUUGAAUAACAAUGUUUCCAUGCUUCAUUACAUUCCAAAAUCUGGCAUAAGGGCUUAAUGUAGCAUUCACACUGCACCGUUGCACGUGUCAUCCAAAUGUCUUUGCUGAGGAUUAAUUUCAUUUCCACAACAGUGCUUUGUAAUGGGGUGAAUUUAAUCCAGUUGGCAAAUUGGUUCACUGCUUUCACAACUUCCAGGCUUCAAGUUCCAAAAUGUUCAGGCUGCACAGUCAAAUUAGUAAAUUCCAAAAGUCUGUGAAUAACUGGAAAGCAUCAAUACAAACAUGGCACAUAUGGCUGUUUACUCAGAGUUCUAGUGUGCAUAUAGCAUCCACUUGCUUUCUGGGCUCCUACUAUAGUGUAGUUUUUAAAUUUUCCAGUGCCACAGGUCCAUCUAGUGGUGGUUAAACCACAGGACCAGCAACAGAGUGUUAAAAGACUGUGUUAAACUGUGUUCGCAUCAUUUCGAAGGACAUGAUGUCAAAACUAGUUGUUCUCCGAUCGUGGAGAUAUUUCAAGGUCUGCAGCCCAAUAUGGGAUCAUUUAUGUUUUGUUUCUUUUUUAAUGCAUGAAUAUAUCAUCUUUUGUUUUCUCAAAGCAAUGAAACCUGCCCUCUUUUGUUUGGCAAAAUGUAUGCCGUGACUCCCCACCUUAUAAUCUUCAUGUGUUUUAAUGACUAUGGGGAAAAUGGUGCAUGUUAUGUGACCAUAAUGGAGUUUUAACUUCUGGGACAGAUGGUUUGACUCUCCAAAGACGGCGCACAGAUGGGGAAAAGCCCUGAACUGCAGCAGCAAAACUCAGUGAACGGACAUCAAAGCCCUGACAUGCAACUGGGAACAAUAUUUGUCAUGGCUGCCGCACACUGAACAUGGAGGCCUCUGUGCUCCACUGUGGCUUCGAACUCUUCUGGAAACAGAAAGUGCUUGGACUGAGGAGAUUUGUCUCAGCUCCCCAUGAGGCCAGUGACUGCUACAUUGACAGACUGCUGAAUGAGUCAUCGUCCAUUAUUUUCUAUUACAGUCAUUGCAAUGCACUGUACAGGUCAUAUUAAUAAUUAUCAUUAUUAUCAUAAACCAAUAACCUCUUGAUUAUAAGGUAGAGAGAGAUGCUUAACUCGAGUCGAUGUACCAAAUGUUAUUCUCAGCACAAACUAUGACACUAUGUACAGGGUGCAUUGUAGAUGUAAAUUGGCUAAAUUCCAUUAUCCAAAAGCACACUUUAUUAUUAUAUGGGCACAUUACUAUGCAUGUAACAUAUUCAGGGCGUUGUGUGCUUUUAGUUUCUCAAUCAGUAAGAUAACUACUGGCACUCCAAAACACUCAAGCACCUGCUAUCUACUCAUGGGUACCAAAUAAUAAAAACUCUGGACCUGUC